CCGGCCCAAGCCUCACCCUCACACAGGAAAGCAGAUGGUUCUGGCCGGAAGUUGAGUGGGGCCGCGGGGCCUGCUGGGAGGUGUUGUCCUCGGAAACGUCGCUGGCGCGGAGGGAUGGUUCGGCGCUUUAGGCGUCUGUCACAGACCUAUCUGCGGGUCGCCUUCACCCAGCAUCUCAGAAACUGCGCGCGGGAUGAACAUUCUGGUGUUUCCGGCAGGUGACGCUGCCGAGUCCCCGCAGCAGGGAGCGAGCAAGGGACUCGCGGUUGACGGGACACGAAUCCUGUAAGGCCCAGAGUGUCCCGAGUAGCGGCAGUGGGGAGUGCUCAGAGUACGCUAAUGAUCUGUGUCUUGUAAAGAGCACAUUGCUGGGCUUACAUCCGUUUAUCUUGUUUGACUGUUAUUUUAAUAGGUCCUGGUUCCACAAGGAUAAAACACAUCUGCAGUGCAAAUAGAAGUCUGAGGAACAGGUGUCUUAUCAUGGAAGGAGACCUGACCUGAGACCUGCCUUAGAGGCUGGAGAGUCCUGAAAGAGAGUGGACCCUGGAGUUGCUGGAGCUUGUCUUGACCCUUCUGCCCAGAGCAGGCAGGGUCUGAAUGACAUCUCAAUCUUCAGUGAUCAGCAAUAGCUGUGUGACAAUGGAGCGUUUGAGCCACAUGAUGGAAAGGAAAGCUUGGUGUUCUCAAGAGUCUGCCCUUUCCGAGGAAGAAGAGGAUACAACCAGGCCUCUUGAAACAGUGACAUUUAAGGAUGUGGCUGUUGACCUUACCCAGGAGGAGUGGGAGCAAAUGAAACCUGCUCAAAGAAACUUGUAUCGAGAUGUGAUGCUGGAGAACUACAGCAACCUAGUCACAGUGGGCUGUCAAGUCACCAAACCGGAUGUGAUAUUCAAGUUGGAGCAAGAAGAGGAGCCCUGGGUGAUGGAGGAAGAAAUGUUUGGGAGGCACUGUCCAGAAGUUUGGGAAGUUGAUGAACAGAUCAAGAAGCAACAGGAAACACUUGUGAGGAAAGUCACAUCCAUCUCCAAGAAAAUUCUGAUAAAGGAAAAAGUCAUUGAAUGUAAAAAAGUUGCGAAAAUAUUUCCUCUGAGUUCAGACAUUGUUACUUCAAGACAAAGCUUCUAUGACUGUGACUUACUUGAUAAGGGUUUGGAACAUAAUUUAGACUUACUUAGAUAUGAGAAAGGCUGUGUAAGAGAGAAACAGAGUAAUGAGUUUGGGAAACCAUUUUACCAUUGUGCAUCCUAUGUUGUAACCCCCUUUAAGUGUAAUCAGUGUGGACAAGACUUCAGUCAUAAAUUUGACCUCAUUAGACAUGAGCGAAUUCAUGCUGGAGAGAAACCUUACGAAUGUAAAGAAUGUGGAAAAGCCUUCAGUAGGAAGGAAAAUCUUAUUACACAUCAGAAAAUUCAUACUGGGGAAAAACCGUAUAAGUGUAAUGAAUGUGGAAAAGCUUUCAUUCAGAUGUCAAACCUUAUUAGACACCACAGAAUUCAUACUGGGGAGAAACCUUAUGCAUGUAAGGAUUGUUGGAAAGCCUUCAGUCAGAAAUCAAAUCUCAUUGAACAUGAGCGAAUUCACACUGGAGAGAAACCCUAUGAAUGUAAGGAAUGUGGGAAAUCCUUCAGCCAGAAGCAAAAUCUUAUUGAGCAUGAGAAAAUUCAUACUGGGGAGAAACCUUAUGCAUGUAAUGAAUGUGGUAGAGCUUUUUCUCGAAUGUCAUCUGUUACGCUACAUAUGAGAAGUCACACAGGGGAGAAACCCUAUAAAUGUAAUAAAUGUGGAAAAGCUUUCUCUCAAUGCUCAGUAUUUAUUAUACAUAUGAGAAGUCACACUGGUGAGAAACCCUAUGUAUGUAGUGAAUGUGGGAAAGCCUUCUCUCAAAGUUCAUCCCUUACCGUACAUAUGCGAAAUCAUACAGCUGAGAAACCCUAUGAAUGUAAGGAAUGUGGAAAAGCCUUCGGCAGGAAAGAAAAUCUCAUUACACAUCAGAAAAUUCACACCGGAGAGAAACCUUAUGAAUGCAGUGAAUGUGGGAAAGCUUUUAUUCAGAUGUCAAACCUCAUUCGACACCAGAGAAUUCAUACGGGUGAGAAACCCUAUGCAUGUACAGUAUGUGGAAAAGCCUUUAGUCAGAAAUCAAACCUCACUGAACAUGAGAAAAUUCAUACUGGAGAGAAACCUUAUCGUUGUAAUCAAUGUGGGAAAGCUUUCAGUCAGAGACAAAAUCUUCUUGAGCAUGAAAAAAUUCAUACUGGAGAGAAACCAUUCAAAUGUAAUGAAUGUGGUAAAGCCUUCUCUCGAAUCUCAUCCCUCACUCUUCAUGUGAGAAGUCACACAGGGGAGAAACCCUAUGAAUGUAAUAAAUGUGGGAAAGCCUUUUCUCAGUGCUCAUUACUUAUUAUACAUAUGAGAAGUCAUACUGGUGAGAAACCCUUUGAAUGUAAUGAAUGUGGGAAAGCAUUCUCUCAAAGAGCAUCCCUUUCUAUACAUAAGAGAGGUCAUACAGGUGAGAGACACCGAGUAUAUUAAAUGAAAGAAGGCCUCUUAAAUUCAACCCAUGUUUUACUUAAAAUAUCUUGGCAUAAGCUCAAAAAAGCCAGGAUCUUUAUGAAAAAAUUUUAAUACUUUGUUAAAAGGUGUAAGACUGGAAUAAAUGGAAAGAAAUACCAUAUACAUAGAUGGAAAACCCCAGUAUUAUAAAAACCUCAAUUCUAAAAAUCUAUAGACUGAACGCAGUUCCAAACAAAAUCUACUAAGAAUUUUCUAGGAUCUUUCAAAAAUGAUUAUAAAAUUCAUGUGAAAUAGAAGUGUAUGGAUUGCUGCGACAAUUUUGAAAAGAAUAGAGGAAACACCCUCACUGUAUGAUAUAAAGUUAUAGUCAUUUAAAAAUGUGUGAUAUUAGUACAUUAGUAGGUAAAUGAGCAGAUUUUAAAGAAUAGAAUAUCCAGAAGCAGACUCAUGAAUAUAUGUGAACUCAGUGUAUGUUAGACCUGACAUCAUGAAUUAGUAGGGAAAUGAUGACCUAGUCAAUAAAAUUGCUGGGAAUAUUUGACUCUCCGUAUUGGAGAAAAUAAAAUUACAACGUUAUGACAUAUUAAAAAAUCAAUAUUCUUUUUUUUUUUUUUUUUGAGGCAAGCGUCUCACUCUGUCGCCCAGGCUGGAGUACGGUGGUGCAAUCUCAGCUCACUGCAGCCUCUGCUUUCCGGGUUUUUUUGUUUUGUUUUGUUUUGUUUUUUGUAUUUUUAGUAGAGACGGGGUUUCACCAUGUUGGCCAGGCUAGUCUUGAACUCCUGACUUCAAGUGAUCACCCUCUUUGGCCUACCAAAGUGCUGGGGUUUACAGGCUUGAUCCACUGCACCUGGCCAAAAAAUUAACAUUCUAAAGGAUUUAAAUACUGGAAUUUGAAAAGCCAAACUGUGAAACCAUUGGGAGAAAAUAGAUGAUAUUGUCUAUGACGUUGAGGCCAAGGAGCUUUUUUUUUUUUUGAAGACAAAAGGACUCUGUAAUUCCACUUCUAGGUAUACAUCCUAUAGAAACUCACAAAUAAUGCAUAAGAAAUAUAUAUAUAAUAUAUGUAUGUAUGUAUAGCCAGAUGCAGUGGCACAUGGCUGUAAUCCCAGCUACUUGGGAGGCUGAUAGAAGAAGAUAACUUGAGCUCAGGAGUUCAAGACCAGCCUGGGAAACAUAGCAAGACCCCAUCUCUUAAAAAAAAAGAAAUAUAUAGACAUAUAUCUGCAUUGAAAACAACCUAAAUAUUCAUCAGUGGGGUAAUGGAUGAAUAAAAUAUGAUAUAUUCAAAUGAUAGAAUAGUAUACAGCACUUAAAAGCAGUGAACCAGAUCCAUAUUGUGUAACAUGGAUAGUUAAAACAAUGUUGAAUGAAAAAAAUCAAAAUACAAAUGAAACAUUGUGUAAUAAUAUUUAUGUAAAUUGGAAUGAAAUCAUUUAUAAAGAACAACUGUUUGUAUUAUUGAAAAUUGUAUGUAAAACUAUUUAAAAUAGAAUAGAAGGAUACACACCCAAUUAUUGAUAGCAUUGUCUCUGGAGAUUGAAUUUGAGGCUGUUGAUUAAAAGGAGACUUUAGCUUUGCUUGUAGUUUUUAUGCCUUAAAAAGACUGGUAGCAUAUAAAAUAAAUCUUAAAAGCUAAUGAUACACAAUGACAAUAUGAAUGUUUGCUUGUAAUAGUGUUUUUCUUGUUCUUUCUCAGAACAGGCCAAGGGAAGCCUGUGCCCAUAGAGGGAAAUGUUAUAAUGGAUUCAUAUACCCUAUCAGAUGCUCAACUAUUUUAUGAAAAAUAGCUCUAGAAAAUUAGUAAUUAGAAUAUUCCUGUUUAUUAUAUAAUGUGAAAUUAGCACAUUUUAGCAACUUGAUGAUGCUGUUUUUAUAUUUUAACAUUUCUGAAAUUGGACUCCUUUCAACUGAUGAUAUCUUAGAUUCAAGUAAAUAUUUAAUUAUUAAAAAUUUGAAAAUCAGAUGCCAGUAUAACAAA